UUUAAAUAAAACUUUGUCCCGGUUGGGUCUACAGUGAUAUUAAUCGACUGAAAUAACCUUACAAAAUGAAGAACGUAGUUACAGUGAUAUUAAUUUUGCUAACAACAACUCAUUGUGGAAGUUGUGCAAAAAUUUUGGGUGUGUUUAGUGCACCAGGACGAAGUCACUACUUCCUUGGUAGUGCUUUAAUGAAAGCAUUAGCCGAAAAUGGACACGAUGUCACCAUGAUCAGUUCUUUUGGUGAAAAGAAACCACCGAAAACGAAAGGGACUUACCGAGACAUAGUGGUUACAGAGGUUCUAGAAAACAUACAAGAAAUGCAGAAGCAACAAAAAAUGAAUAUGUUCGAUCGGGAAAACAUGAACCCGUUCAUUUCAACCGUUUUCCUGGGAUAUAUGAUGCCCAAAAUUUUGGAACCAACGUUACAGAACAAGGAAGUCCAACAGUUGAUUCAUUCGAACGAAACUUUUGACGUUGUGAUAGUGGAACAAUUCAUGAAUGAUGGAGAGAAAGCACUAGCGACUCACUUUAAGGCGCCUUUAAUUGUUAUGAGUACUGUGGGGACGAACUUUUGGAUAAACACGAUAGUUGGAAACCCUGGCCCUCUAUCAUAUAUUCCGAUGGUAAUGGCAGAAUAUUCGGUCCCCAUGACGUUUUGUGAACGACUUACAAAUACUCUUUUAUACGUAUUUGCUCAAACGUUUUUCAGUCUGGUUGUACACCCUAACCAGAACGCCAAUAUUAAAAAAAACAUACCCAACGGACCUGAUCUUUCUGACGUACUUUACAAUGCUUCACUGGUUUUGAUGAACUCUCACCCGAGUUUAAACCAGCCUGUGCCGUACGUACCCAACAUGAUAGAUAUUGGAGGGUUUCACGUAAAACCAUCAAAGAAACUCCCUCAGGACUUGCAGGAAUUUUUAGACAACGCGAAAGACGGUGUCAUCUAUUUCAGCAUGGGUUCUAACUUGAAAAGUGCUGAUUUUCCACCCGAAAAAAGGGAUUCGAUUUUAAGGGCGUUCUCGAAGUUGAAGGAACAAGUUUUGUGGAAAUGGGAGGAGGAUGUUUUGCCUGGGCAGCCGAAGAAUGUUAAAUUGUCUAAGUGGUUACCCCAACAAGAUAUUCUUGCGCACCCAAAUGUCAAACUUUUUAUCACGCAUGGGGGUUUUUUAAGUACUACCGAGACCGUUUACUACGGGGUACCCAUUUUGGCGAUUCCUAUAUUCGGUGACCAAAAAUUAAACGCUAGAACUGCUAUGAACAACGGUUUUGGUCUUGUGUUACCAUAUAGUGAAAUUACUGAGGAAAAACUUACGCAAAGUAUUAAAGAAAUUUUAAAUAAUUCUAAAUAUAAAGAAAACGCGAAAAAGAUUUCUGAAAACUUUCAUGAUAGACAGGUAAGUCCAAUGGAGACAGCGAUAUACUGGGUCGAGUACGUGAUUCGUCAUAAAGGAGCGCCACACCUGAGAGUCGCAGCUCUUGAUCUACCCUGGUACCAAUAUUACUUGGUGGAUGUAAUUGGUUUCCUGGUUUUAGUUAGUGCGGUCAUUAGCUAUAUUUCCUACUAUUUAGUCAGAACAGUUUGUAAAAAAAUAUGUAACAAACGCAAAAGUAAAAAAUUAAAAAAGAAGUAAAACUACACCAAUAA